AUGGCUGACAUCCAAAUCGAAAAGGCGUACCAAAAGCAGGAUAUUUUCCUCAACACCAAAUCUCGUGGUGGCAAAAAGGUCUCCACCAAGGAGAAGCGCUGGUACAAGGAUGUCGGCCUUGGAUUCAAGACCCCAUCGGAGGCUAUCAACGGCACCUACGUUGACAAGAAAUGCCCCUUCACUGGUGACAUUUCAAUUCGCGGCCGUAUUCUUACAGGAAAGGUUGUUUCGACCAAAAUGAACCGAACCAUCAUCAUCCGUCGCGACUACCUCCACUACAUCCCCAAAUACAACCGUUACGAAAAGCGCCACAAGAACUUGGCCGCCCACUUGUCACCCGCUUUCCGUGUUGAGGUCGGUGAUGUUGUCACUGUCGGACAAUGCCGACCUCUAUCCAAGACUGUUCGUUUCAACGUCCUCCGGGUGGCGAAGAACAAGGCUGCCACUAAGACUUUUGGCAAGUUCUAG